GAAUCUGUCUUUUUAAUUUUUCAGGUUGCUGACUGCUAUGAUGGAGAUGAAGAGACUGACAACAGAAUCCAUCACAUUUUUAAUGAUGAAAGAGAAAAGCAAAUACAGCUACUCCAAAGAAAAACCUAUGUUUAAUGUUGAUGAAAAAAGGGAGAAGCAUUUUUCUAUACCAGAACGUUCUGUUUUGAAAAUAAGUGAUACUCCUCAGUCUGUUAUAUUUUACAACUCAUUGGCGCAUAAGCGAGAUACUGUGGUGAGUGUCUAUGUUGACUCCCCAUUUGUUAUUGUCAGAGAUCCUAGGGGAAAGAUCAUUCCUUCACAGAUUGACUUGUUCUGGACUGACCGGGAUUCUGUCUCCACAGACGUCUACAAGGUGUCAUUUGUGAUGGCCAUCCAAGCAUUGGGCAUUUGCCAAUACACAAUCGAGAAAACACACAAACUGUCCACAAAAAAAGCUGUGCCAUCGGAGAUAACAUUUUACAACUCAAACAUGAACAUGGAACAUUCCAGUUCAGUGUUCACAAUAAAGAAGUCCCCAUCAAAGCCGUUCAGUCUUGAGAACUAUUACAUGAAGGCUGGCUUCAGCCAGGCAACAGGGCUGUUACAAAACAUCACAUUUAAAGCAGAGGGUAUUACACACCCAGUCAGCAUCAAAUUUGUAACAUAUGGCACUCGAAAAUCUUCUGAAAAGAGUGGUGCUUAUCUAUUCCUGCCAGAUGGUGAAGGUCGAGAAGUAACAAUUGUCGACCCAUUCAUUCGUGUCAUUCAAGGCACUGUUGUAUCUGAAGUGAGUGUCUUUGUGGAAAAUGUAGAGCAUGUUGUGAGGUUAUAUAAUUCACCAGGUGCAGACAGUUUGUCACUGGACAUCUACAAUAUAGUGGACAUUAGAGACAAGCUGAACUUUGAGAUGGCCAUGAGGGUGUGUAGUGAUAUUAAGAGUGAGGACAACUCUUUCCACACUGACCUAAAUGGUUUCCAGAUGCACCGGCGUAAAACAUACAGCAAGUUGCCUUUGCAGGCCAACUACUAUCCCAUGCCAACUGCUAUGUUUGUGGAGAAUUCCCAGAAACAAUUAAACAUCCUGUCUGGUCAGUCACUUGGAGCUGCCUAUCUGAAGCCUGGUGAGAUGGAAGUGAUGUUGGACCGUCGCCUCAACCAAGAUGAUAGCCGAGGUCUGGGCCAGGGUGUGCUUGAUAACAAACAGACCCCUAACAAAUUCUGGCUUCUUCUUGAAAUAAGAAAGAUUUCCCCUCUUCUUGAAAUGAAGAACCAAGUAAAACCUCUCUCAUUGCUGGCCCAUCUUACUUCAUUGCACCUCAUCCACCCACUGUAUGUGUCACCAAGGAAUCCCGACAGUAGUAAUAUUGAUCUUGAGCUGUUACCUUCCUUCUCUUCUACCCUUGAUGGCAGUAGCAGUGGUCUGACAUGUGAUGUGCAUCUGUUGAACCUACGCACUUUGCAGAACAAGGAUGAUGACCCCAGCCUAAAAUUUGUGCCACAGAACAGUGCUGCACUCAUCUUGCACCGCUUCUCAUUUGACUGUGAUUUCCCCAACCUGGGACUCAGUUGCACAAUUGGAAAUGGAAAGGUGGACUUGAACUCUUUAUUCAAAGAUAUAAAACUGAAGGACAUUCGCAGCACAUCUCUGUCUUUGCUGUAUGAGAGUAACUCCUCUCUCUCUCAGUCUCACCUCUUCAUCAAACCAAAUGACAUAAGUGCCUUCAAGAUCACACCAUAUUAAGCUGAUCAAUCGAUUCACUGCACUGACACACUGAUUCUCUGGCCAAAGGAAUUGAUCCACUUACUGAAUGGAAUCAACAACAGAACUGUUAUUCUGGAAUGACCAUGUGGUUGCUCAUCUUACUAGAAAUAACAGUGAAAUUCCCUGUUUCUCCUGUAAAUAUUACACUGUACCAUCCGUAAACUAAAAGAUAAAAACAAUAUGCCUAGAAUUUUAAAAAAUGGGAUGGUCAUGACUGGAAUACCUUUGAAUAGGUUGGACCUUAGGGUUUAAGCAAUAACUAGAAUGACUGACUGUCUGACCAUCAUUGUUGAAGUAGUUUAAAUAAUGGUGUCAGUAGUGGUGGAGGUUUCGACUGCUACUGGCUCUGCAACCACCACCACCACCACUAUGACCACAACCACUGCUGUCACUGUGUCCAUCCCUCCCAGUGCCACCUGGUGACAAGAGAGCCUCUAUGUGAUCACCCGACAUGCUAGAAAUAGCAGCAAAAAAGUGAAAGACAAAUUGGAUAAUGCAGUCCACAGGACAUAGUGCCUAGAAAAUGAAUAAAUGGGAUGGUUGUAGCCGGAAACUAAUGAAUGGGAUGGUUAUAGCCUUUAAUCCUGAAUAGAUAUGCUCAAUCAAAGCUGACAUUGGGCUAAAACCAUUACAGCAACAACAACAACUAAAACUACUACUACUAACUAUCAUUGUUGAUGGUCGUGGUUGGGAAGGUGAGAAUAAUGUUGUUGAUUGUGAUGGUAACUGAUGAUGACAGUAUUAAGGAUAAAAGAUGGUGAUGAUGGGGAUAGAGUAUUAAGGAUGCUGGAUGGUAGUGAUGAUGAUGUUUCUGAUGACAACAGUUGAUGGUACAGUACGGAUGAAAGAUGUACAACUAUGCUUGCUCAUACAGGUGAUGAUGAUGAUGAUGAUGAUGAUGAGAAUAAGGGAUUACUGAUGUUAACAAUGAUGGUGGUAAUGAUGACUGGCUGAGAUGGUGAUGGUGGAGCCUGUUACUCCCUCCCUUUCUCCAUGCAUUUGUUUCCUUCUUGCUCCACACCUCCAUCACCCUCCAUCCACUCAAUCACCCAACCACAAACUGAGAACACUUCACCUGUCCCUUUCAAUUGGUGCCACUGUCACCACCAUUACCACCACCACCUUUCAACACUAUAUAAGUCAACGGGAGUGGGAGGGGGACAUACUUCCCUAUGCUACAUUUUGGCUUGUUAGAAAUAGAAGUCAAAUUGCCCUUGAAUCACAACUUGUCUU